CAGGUGAACUAUGACCACUUUACUCCUCGUGUUUGUGACUCUGCGGGUCAUCGCCGCUACCGUCUCCAUAGAAGUCUCAGACCCUGACAACUCGCUGAGUGUCAGCAUCCCCGAGCCGUCCCCUCUGCGGGUCCUCCUGGGGACCUCCCUCACUAUCCCCUGCUACUUCAUCGACCCCAUGCACCCCGUGACCACCGCCCCCGCCACCGCCCCCCUCACCCCGAGAAUCAAAUGGAGCCGCAUCUCCAAGGAGAAGGAGAUGGUCCUGCUGGUGGCCACGGACGGGCAGGUGCGGGUCAACGGCGCCUACCAGGACAAGGUCUCGCUGCCCAACUACCCAGCCAUUCCCAGCGACGCCACCUUGGAAAUUCAGAACCUGCGCUCCAACGACUCCGGGAUCUACCGCUGUGAGGUCAUGCAUGGCAUCGAGGACAGCGAGGCCACCGUGGAGGUCGUGGUGAAGGGAAUCACCCCACUUUGGGCUCCUGGCAGGUACCCCAUCCACGUUCCCCGGGAAGGCUGCUACGGGGACAAGGACGAGUUUCCCGGCGUGAGAACCUAUGGCAUCCGCGACACCAAUGAGACGUAUGACGUGUACUGCUUCGCCGAGGAGAUGGAGGGCGAGGUCUUCUACUCGACGUCUCCAGAGAAGUUCACCUUCCAGGAGGCUGCCAACGAGUGCCGACGGCUGGGCGCCCGGCUGGCCACCACGGGUCAGCUGUACCUGGCCUGGCAGGGCGGCAUGGACAUGUGCAGCGCCGGCUGGCUGGCCGACCGCAGCGUGCGCUACCCCAUCUCCAAGGCCAGGCCCAACUGCGGCGGCAACCUCCUGGGCGUGAGGACCGUGUACCUGCACGCCAACCAGACGGGCUACCCCGACCCCUCAUCCCAACGCUUGCCUCUGUCCCCGUGCCCAGGUGAAGACUUUAUCGAUAUCCCAGAAAACUUCUUCGGGGUGGGUGGCGAGGAGGACAUCACCGUGCAGACGGUGACCUGGCCCGACGUGGAGCUGCCCUUGCCCCGGAACAUGACGGAGGGCGAAGCCCGCGGCAACGUGAUCCUCACGGUGAAGCCCAUCUUCGGCGGCUCCCCCACGGCCCUGGAGCCCGAGGAACCCCUCACCUUGGCCCCCGACAUCGAGGCCACCGCCUUCCCUGAGGCUGAGAACGGGACUGGAGGGGCCACCAGGCCCUGGGCCUUUCCCGGGGCGUCCACGCCUGGCCUGGGCCCCUUCACCGGCGAAGACCUGGUGGUGCAGGUGACCGCAGCCCCGGGUGAAACCCAGGUCCCCGGGCAGCCGCGAUUGCCAGGGGGGGUCGUGUUCCACUACCGCCCCGGCUCUGCCCGCUACUCACUGACCUUCGAGGAGGCACAGCAGGCCUGCCUGCGCACCGGGGCGGUCAUCGCCUCGCCCGAGCAGCUCCAGGCCGCCUACGAAGCAGGCUAUGAGCAGUGUGACGCCGGCUGGCUGCAGGACCAGACCGUGAGAUACCCCAUUGUGAGCCCGAGGACCCCGUGUGUGGGCGACAAGGACAGCAGCCCGGGGGUCCGGACCUACGGUGUGCGCCCACCGUCAGAAACCUAUGAUGUCUACUGCUACGUGGACAAGCUCGAAGGGGAGGUGUUCUUCGUCACGCGCCCGGAGCAGUUCACCUUCCAGGAAGCCCUGGCGUUCUGUGAAUCCCACAACGCCACGCUCGCCUCCACCGGCCAGCUCUACGCCGCCUGGAGCCUCGGCCUGGACAAGUGCUACGCCGGCUGGCUGGCCGACAGCAGCCUCCGCUACCCCAUCGUCACCCCUCGGCCGGCCUGUGGCGGGGACAAGCCAGGCGUGAGGACCGUCUACCUCUACCCCAACCAGACAGGCCUCCUGGACCCACUGUCCCGGCACCAUGCCUUCUGCUUCCGCGGUGUCUCAGCUGCGCCCUCUCCCGGAGAAGAUCGGGGUGGCACGCCCACACCCCCUUCAGACGUGGAGGACUGGAUCACCCCCCAAGUGGGACCCGGCGUGGCUGCUGUCCCCUCGGGGGAGGAGACCACUGCGGUCCCCGACUUCACCGUGGAGCCAGAAAACUACACGGAAGGGGAACGGGCCUACACCCCCGCGGGCACCUUGCCGCUGCCAGGGGUCCCUCCUACAUGGCCUCCCACAAGCACAGCCACAGAGGAGAGCAGAGAAGGCCCUUCUGCCACAGAAGUGCCCUUGGCCUCGGAGGAGCCAUUCCCCUCAGAAGAGCCAUCCCCCUCAGAAGAGCCAUCCCCCUCCGAGGAGCCAGCCCCCUCCCAGGAGCCACUGUUCACACCUUCACCCCCAGUGCCCAGUGGGAUGGGCUCCGGGGAAGCAUCCGGGGCACCGGAAGUCAGUGGUGACUUCUCAGCCAGUGGAGAAGCUUCAGGACACCCGGACACCAGUGGGCAGCCCUCGGAAGACCUUGACUCCAGUGGUGUCACCUCAGCAGCGGGCUCAGGCCUGCCCGUGGGAAGUGGACUGGCCUCGGGGGAGGAAGAUAGAAUUACGUGGUCCAACACUUCUCACGUUGGGGGGCUGCCUCCUGGGGGUGAGGGUCUAGAAGGCUCUGCCUCCGGGGUAGAGGACCUGGGUGGAGGUGAGAGUCAUCCAGAAGGUUCUGCCUCUGGAGUAGAGGACCUGGGUGGACUUCCUAGUGGAGAUGAGAGUCAUCUAGAGACAUCUACCUCUGGAGGAGACCUGGGUGGACUUCCUUCUGGAGAUGAGAGUCAUCUAGAGACAUCUACCUCUGGAGUAGACCUGAGUGGACUUCCUUCUGGAGGUGAGACUCAUCCAGAAAGUUCUACCUCUGGAGUAGACCUGAGUGGACUUCCUUCUGGAGGUGAGACUCAUCCAGAAGGUUCUGCCUCUGGAAUAGACCUGAGUGGACUUCCUUCUGGAGUUGAGAGUCAUCUGGAAACAUCUACCUCUGGAGUAGAGGACCUGGGUGGACUUCCUUCUGGAGGUGAGACUCAUCCAGAAAGUUCUACCUCUGGAGUAGAGGACCUGAGUGGACUUCCUUCUGGAGGUGAGACUCAUCCAGAAAGUUCUACCUCUGGAGUAGACCUGAGUGGACUUCCUUCUGGAGGUGAGACUCAUCCAGAAAGUUCUACCUCUGGAGUAGAGGACCUGAGUGGACUUCCUUCUGGAGGUGAGACUCAUCUGGCGACGUCUACUUCUGGAGUAGAGGACCUGGGUGGACUUCCUUCUGGAGGAGAGGGUCUAGAGACCUCUGGUUCUGGACCCGAGGACCUCAGCGGGUUGCCUUCUGGAAAAGAAGACUUGAUCGGGUCACCUUCUGGAGACUCGGGCCUGGGCGGGAUACCUUCUGGAACUCUCGGAAGCGGGCAAGCUCCAGAAGCCAGUGGCCUUCCCCCCGGAUUCAGCGGUGAGUAUUCUGGCACGGACCUCGGCAGCGGCCCAUCCUCCGGCUCGCCGGACUUCAGCGGGCUUCCCUCGGGGCUCCCGACAGUCUCCCUGGUGGAUACCACGCUGGUGGAAGUGGUCACAGCCGCCACGGCGAGUGAGCUGGAGGGGCGGGGCACCGUCGGCGUGAGCGGUGCUGGCGAGGGAUCCGGGCUGCCCUUCGGCGAGGUGGACGUGAGCGGGGGCGCGAGCGGGUUCCCUUCGGGGGCUGAACUCAGUGGCCAGCCAUCUGGAUCCCCCGACAUCAGCGGGGAGACAUCUGGAUUCUUUGGUGUCAGCGGACAGCCAUCAGGAGUCCCUGACCUCGGCGGGGGGACAUCCGGGCUCUUUGAGCUCAGUGGGCAGCCGUCAGGGUUUCCGGAGGAGACGUCUGGAAUGGCCGAGCUCAGUGGACAGUCCUCCGGACAGCCAGGUGUCAGCGGAGAAGCUUCUGGAGAUCUUGGCAGCGGCCACCCGUUUGGCAUGACCGACCCGAGUGGAGAAACGUCUGGGGUCCCUGACCUCAGUGGGCAGGCCUCGGGGUGGCCCGGGUUCAGUGGGGCCCCCUCGGGGAUCCCCGACCUGGUUUCUGGCGCCGCGAGUGGCAGCGGCGACGCUUCCGGCGUUACGUUUGUGGACAGCACCUUCGUGGAAGUGACCCCAACUCCAUUUAGGGAAGAAGAAGAAGGCUUGGGGUCCGUGGAACUCAGCGGCCUCCCCUCUGGGGAGACGGAUCUCUCGGGCAUCUCUGGGAUGGUGGACAUCAGUGGACAGUCGUCCGGGGCCAUUGCCCCCAGCGGGUUUCCAUCGCAGCCUCCAGAAUUCAGCGGCCUGCCCAGCGGAGCCGCCGAGGUCAGCGGGGAGGCCUCCGGCGCCGAGGUGGGGAGCGGCCUGCCCUCCGGAGCCUACGAUGGCAGUGGACUUCCACGGGGCUUCCCCACCGUCUCGCUCAUCGACAGGACUUUGGUGGAAUCUGUAACCCAGCCUCCAACGGCCCAAGAAGCAGGGGAGGGGCCUUCGGGCAUUCUAGAACUCAGCGGUGCCCCUUCCGGAGCGCCGGACGUGUCCGGAGACCAUUCCGGACCAUCGGACCUCAGCGGGCUGCAGUCCGGGCUGGGGGAGCCCAGCGGCGAGCCUUCGAGGACCCCGUAUUUCAGCGGGGACUUUUUCGGCUCCACGGAUGCCAGUGGGGCGUCUUCUGCAGCCACGGGCACCAGCGGGGAGGCCUCGGGACUGCCCGACGUCACUCUAAUCACUUCCGAAUUCGUGGAGGGUGUCACGGAACCCACUGUUUCCCAGGAACUCGGCCAGAGACCCCCUUUGACACACACACCCCAGGUUUUUGAGUCCAGCGGAGAAGCCUCUACAUCGGGGGACCUCAGUGGAGCCACACCAAGCUUCCCCGGGUCCGGGGUAGAGGCGUCAUCUGUCCCAGAAUCCAGCAGCGAAACGUCUGCCUCUCCUGAGGCUGGGGUGGGGGCGCCUGCUGCUCCUGAGGCCAGUGGGGUGGCCUCGGGGACCCCUAAUCUGGGGGAAACCACCUCCGCCUUCCCCGAAGCUGACCUGGAGGGAGCCUCGGGCCUGGGAGUGAGCGGCCGCCCCUCCACCUUCCAGGAAGGGCCCACGGAGGGCUCCACCCCGUCGGGAAUGAGUGGAGAGUCGGCCACCACGUACGAUGUGGCCACGGAGACCUCGGGCUGGCCUUCGGCCACUCCCGGGGCUUCUGGAGACGGGCCGGAGAUCAGCGGGGACCCGUCUGGUCACGCCUCGGGGCUGGGUGUUGUCGUGGGCACCAGCGUCCCAGAGUUUGAAUGGACCCAGCAGCCCCAGCGCCCUGCAGAGGCGAAUCUGGAAGUGGAGUCCUCAAGCCCCGUGCACUCGGGAGAAGAGGCCCCAACGGCCGAAACAGCCGUCUUCCCAACGGACGCUUCUUCCAUCCCAGCUCCGGCCGAAGGGACCGAAGGAUCGGAGGCAACCAUUACAGACAUUGAUGAGUGCCUCUCAAGCCCUUGUGUGAAUGGAGCCACCUGCGUGGACGCCAUCGACUCUUUCACAUGCUUAUGCCUUCCCAGCUACCGAGGGGACCGGUGUGAGAUCGACCAGGCGCUGUGCGAGGAGGGCUGGACCAAGUUCCAGGGCCACUGCUACCGCCACUUCCCGGAGCGCGAGAGCUGGGUGGAUGCCGAGAGCCGCUGCCGGAAGCACCAGUCCCACCUGAGCAGCAUCCUCACCCCCGAGGAGCAGGAGUUCGUCAACAACAAUGCUCAAAACUACCAGUGGAUCGGCCUGAACGACAGGAGCAUCGAAGGGGACUUCCGCUGGUCAGAUGGACACUCCCUGGUGAGUUCUGCCAGGGGCCCUGGGCAGAGUGGGCGACCGAGGAGGAGGAUAGAGAAGAGAGACGCUGUCUCGUCACAGCCAGAGGGGACCACGCUGGCUCAUCGUGGGCGGGGGGGUCUUCGCAAGAGCCCCCCUAAGACCUGGAGGGUAUCACUCUAA